AUGGUGUCCUUCAAGACCAUCCUCCCUAUUUCCGCCCUUCUCCUCAGCAUGAGCCACGCAGCAGAUCUGGUCGUCACCUCCUGCAGCGUCGUAAACAACAACAAGCAAUUCGGCUGGUCGAUCAGCUGGAACGGCGUCCCGCCACAGUCCGAGCCGUCCGUGUGCGGAAACUUCGGCGGCAACAAGGGCAACAACGGGGUGGGCUGGAUGCAGACGAUCGCCAGCCAGGCCGGCUGCCCUGUCGAGGGCGGCAUCAGCUGCUCGACCAACGGCGCGGAGAUGAAUACCAACUUCGUGCUUGGCGGCGAGCUGAGCUGUGCCGAUCAGGCUGUUACCAUCAAGAAUGCGAUGCAGCAGACUAUCUCGUCGUUGGCGACGGUUCAAUUUGACUUUGCUAUUUGCAGUCGGUUGGGGUGUUAG